AUGGACGGUGAUCUGAGUCUAUCACAGUCCUUUGGGGGCCUGCGAAUUGCCAAUCCAGAUCAUGUCAAUCCCGCAUCUCCCAGCCCUGAAGCUUCCGAAGCAACAAUCACACCCCCUUCGGUCACUCCAUCCAUCCCCCGGCGAACUUCGUCCAGAUCAUCAUCAAGGGCAUUUCAUGACCUUCGAAACAGAGAGACCCUGUUAGCUUCCCAAGCUGCCAACCGUUCGCCCUCCCCACUCACCGUCGAUCCGAACAAUUUCUCUGCGAGCUCCACCCCUACAACUGCCCCGUCGCCCACAUCUAUUCCACCUGAACAACCGGCUCAAGGGUCGCCGCAGACACCUAUUCAGCCCUUCCCCGCUCAGCAUACCUCAGUUCCGCCGCCUACAUCCUACCCGGCUGUGAUUGGGGUGCCUGUUGCUGUUCCUUCACCAUACCAAACCGGUCCACACAAUGUAGGAGUCAGUAGGGAGCCCACAUAUAGAUUACGAAGCGAGUCCUCGAGGUCAUCGAUGAGCGGUGCACCCCGAAGGAGUGACUCUCGUGCUGCGGCGAUGGCUAUGCAGGCCGGUGUCCCUACCCGCGAAGGGAGCCACAGCGACCGGUCGUACCGCGUGAGCCAGCCUGCUCCUCCUCGAGGCGCUCCCAUCCCACCCCGGAAUCUUGCUCGCGGUCCAGCCGGAACGCUCUUGGCCCCAGCUGGGACGGGCUCUAUACCAGGAUCGCCCUAUGGGAUUGAAGGCGGACCCAUCAACAGUAGCGAGGACUGGAAAGAUAGGGGUGCCGCUACUGUUGGCAUGAGACAGGAGAUUGAUUCUAAUGGCCAUCCAGUGACCAGGCCAAUGAAGAAGGGCGUCAAGGACUUUAACUUUUCCCGCACUCUUGGCGAAGGUUCUUAUAGUACUGUUUUGGCUGCUACAGAUCGACAAACCCUACGUGAAUAUGCCAUCAAGGUGCUCGAUAAAAGGCAUAUUAUCAAAGAGAAGAAGGUCAAAUACGUGAACAUCGAGAAAGACACGCUUAAUAGGCUUACAGACCACCCUGGCAUUGUUCGACUUUAUUAUACAUUCCAAGACGAGAGAUCAUUGUAUUUUGUGCUCGAUCUGGCGAGCAAUGGCGAGCUAUUGGGAGUGCUGAAGAGGAUGACGACAUUUGAUGAGGAAUGCACCAGGUUCUACGGUGCUCAGAUCUUGGACGCCAUUGACUACAUGCAUGCCAAAGGGGUCAUUCACCGGGACUUGAAGCCCGAAAAUGUUCUUUUGGAUGAUCAGAUGCACGUAAAGAUUACCGAUUUUGGAACUGCAAAGAUUCUGGAAAGUCCGCGACCGCAGAAAGAUGGCGACCCUUCCAUAACUGAUCCGUUGGACGGCUUAGAUGAUGAUCGCGCCAAAUCGUUUGUCGGCACCGCAGAGUAUGUGAGCCCGGAAUUAUUGACGGAGAAGAGCGCCUGCAAAGCUAGCGACCUAUGGGCGUUUGGCUGUAUCAUCUAUCAGCUCCUGGCCGGAAGACCUCCAUUCAAAGCCGCAAACGAAUAUCAGACUUUCCAAAAGAUUGUCAACCUCGAGUUUGAAUUCCCAAAAGGUUUUCCCGAGGUGGCUAGGGAUUUGGUCGAAAGGCUGCUCGUUCUAGAUCCGGCUCUACGACUGCCGAUCGAACAUAUCAAGAACCACAAAUUUUUCGAGGGCAUUGUAUGGGGCAGGGGUCUCUGGAAGCAGAAGGCUCCGCGACUGAAAGCCUACGUGCCGCCGGCGCAGGAACCCAUCAAACUUAAUGGCAGUGGUAACUAUCCCCCAAACGGUCCGCAACAUAGCACCACGAAACUUGUUACCGGAUCAUCCGGUGUCUCCAAUGGUGCGACGAGACCCCAACCCAGAGUGAUCACGGAGCUUCCACCUCCAACUCAACUGGACAUCGAGUGGUCCCCGGUAUUGACCAAGAGCAACGAACGUAUUCUUAAGCUCGGGAACUUAUCCGUAGCGUCGGCUGCCGCUUCCCAUAAUCAAACUGGCAAGAACGGCCAGAACGGACAAAGUGGCACUGAGUCGACUAGGAAAUUUUCUCGUCUUUUUGGUGGCGGCGGCCCAAAGAAGCGUCAGCGUCUGGUAAUGGUUACGUCGUCAGCGCGAGUCAUCUUUGCCGCCGCCGGUGGUGAUGAAAAGAAGACAAAAUCUGAACUGUCGUUGCUUGCCCCUGGCUGCGGAUGGAGGAUCACCAAAGACAAUAAAGGCUUGUCCUCAUGGUGUAUAGAUACACGCGAUCGAGUCUUUACCUUUGAAGACGUAAAACCAACCACCAGUGAUCCAAAUAGUACAGCCACCUCGGCACGAGAAUGGCUCGAUACAUUAGAACGCGCAAAGGAAAUAGCGACAUCACGAAGCAUGGCGAAUUCAUACUCUGGCGAGGACGCCUUCAAAGACCUGCUGCCUUCGGGCGUUCCAAGCCCAGCCAGCACAAUGGGCGAAGAUCCCAAAUUAGGCUAUGAUGGUGCGCCUGCCAGCACUGGCAGGCUCACUAAAAGCCAGGGAGGGUCUGGAGAUUCUGAGUCCACCAAAGGCCGAAAGAGAUUCAGCAAGCGACAGUCAAAGAGCGGUCUUGCAGCUGUUUUCUGA